AUGGCUCAACAACCUCGCCGGAUCGCGCUGCUGGGCGCAGGUGGCUUUGCUCGGGAUGCUCACCUCCCCGCUAUCGCAGCGACCCCAAUCCUUCACCUCGUCGCAGUGUACUCUCGCUCGCUCUCGUCCGCCCAAUCCCUCGUCUCCGGCGCAGCCAAGCACACCUCGACAGCACACCAGCUCGACGUCUACUCGGACGACCAGGACGCCAAACAAAACCUCGACGCCCUCCUCGCCCGUUCAGACAUCGACACCGUCGCUCUCGCCCUUCCCAUUCCCCUUCAACCAGCCAUCGUCGAAAAGUGCUUGCGUGCGGGCAAGUCGGUCAUCUCCGAGAAACCGACGACGCCGUCCGUCGCCGAGUCGAAGCGUCUGAUCAAGCUGUACGAGGACGAGUUCAAGCCGAAAGGAUUGCGGUGGAUCGUUGCGGAGCAGUUCCCGUACACGGCGAGCUUCAACAAGGCGAUGGAGGUUAUCCGGGACGGCAAGAUUGGCGAGCUGAGGACGUUCGACGUCGAUGUCUUCAUCCAGCCGAGUCUCGCGGCGGGCGCGACAAACUGGCGACGCGAGCCAGAGUACCAGGGCGGCUUCAUCCUCGACGGCGGCGUCCACUUUGCCGCCGGUCUCCGGCAUAUGCUCCCCUCGCCCAUCGCAACCAUCUUCGCCCGCUCCUACCAGUUCCAGCCGCACCUCCCACCCGUCGACACCCUCCAAGGCCUCGUCACUCUCGAAUCCGGCAUCUCGGGUCACUUUACCUUCUCCUUCGGCGUCGAGCAGCCUUCCUCGAAGCGCCAAUACACCUUCCGCGGCUCAAAGGGUGUCUUGACCGUCGACUUUUCGGACCGGCGCACGCACGUCGUACGACUCAGCACCGUCGUACCGAACGCAGAGGCAGACGAGCCGCCUCACGAGUUGACGAUCGAGUUGCCGGCCGAGGGCGUCGACGCCGAGUUUGACGCGUUUGGCGAGGCGUUGCUUGCGGGACCGGAGAGCGCAGAGAUGCGGAGCGUCGAGGAGCGGAGCGGGCCGAGGGCGACGUUGCGGGAUGUGGCUUUCAUCGAGGGAGGGUUGCUGAGCGCGAAGGAGCGGCGGGAAGUCGAGCUGAAGGAGCUCGUCGCUCUCGACUUGUAG